AAUGUAACGAGGAACCUGGCAGAUGCGCUGAACAUCCCUUCAAAUUUGAGCUGGCAGAGAACUACUGUUUAACCAUCACCAUGAUCACAGUAUGAUAUCUUCCUUUACAAUCUCAGACAUAAAAAUAUAAGUCUGAGACAAGACCGAAGACACAACGCGGAUUCGUACACGCCCGAGAAGGAAAUUAACUUGGAGAUCAGAUAAACGUCUGCUUUUGGUGAUACGUAAAAAUGGAGGGACUUAUUUUAAACAAAUCGUUGAUGGCUAAAAGAGUCUUCCUCGUUUGGAUUUCUGUUAUAUUUGGCGGUGCUUUCAAUGGAUUAGUGCAAGGAGGCGAUGGCUGGGACAGCGCCAGUCACAAUAAGGUUUACAGCAGUGAUCCACUACCUUGCACCUUCAAAGGCGAAAUGUACUUCCACGCCGAUUCGUGGAUCAUCGAUCGAGAUACGGAAUGCCAUUGUAAUGACAGUGACGUCAUCUGUGACGUCAUGACUUGUCCAUACCUGGACUGCGACAAUCCUAUCCCGAUUCCGAAAGAACCAUGUCCGAUCUGUUUCCACAACGUCAUUGUCCAAUUACUUAACGUCAAACUCCAUCCUCUAAAUGACGUCAUGACUGCCUACGUACCCGUCACAUUGACCUUUGACAUCGAUGUCCUAUUCGAGGAAUUUUCUCAGACGACAAGUGUAACCGGGAAACGCCUGUGGAAGGUCUCGGCAUGGGGGAGCAGUGAACCAGACGGCGGAGGAGCUUGGCAUGGUUACGUCGAUCAAGUCCUCACCGCACGUCAGUCGUCAAAGUCACAUAAAAGAGACACCGAUUUCGUCAUUGAUGAAAUAACCUUUGACCUUGUUCCGCCGUCGUGUGAAGCUGUCCGUUAUAUCUGCGUAAGUUUUGCCCGGGGCGACGCACCCGUUACAAAGACGCAGUUGGAACUCAUAUUCACCGGAACCGAUGAUGAAAAGAAAGAUGUAAGGAAGUGUGUGCGAGCCCCACGCUGUGACGAACCAGUUCCUCUCCCACCAAAGUCGAUCAUGGGACAGACAUGUCGGUCCGGGGGACGGGAAUACCUGCCCGGUGAAGAAUGGAAGAAGUCCGCCUGUGUCAGUUGUGUUUGCGAAGAUGGACAGGCUAAUUGUGAAACCGAGAGAUGCUUACGUUCUAACUGCGCUAACCCUGUCCAGGUGGAAGGGGUAUGCUGCAGAGUCUGCCCUUAUAUGGCAAUCGGAAGGCGAUUGGAGUUUCACUACGACGCAUCCUUCAACUACAACACGGGACUGGUCCGCUAUCUAGACGUCGACCUCGUCGUGACUUUCAGAGAGGACGCCCGAACCACCUCGAUCAAAGGAAAGAAUCUCUGGAAGAUGAGUGGGUGGGCGAGUUUCAACCAGGAAGGAAGUGGAACACAGAUGAUUUACGUCGACCAGAUCCUUAAUGAAGGCCUGCAAUCAAAAACUUACAAGAAGGGCAAAAAGUUCAAAAUGAACAAUGCAAGGUAUUAUCUGGAGAAUUACGAGUGCGAGGCAGUGCGCUACUUCUGUUUCACGUUCGGAAAAGGUGACGACCCGCAACCUGACAACGGAGUCGAUUUCCAGUUACGAGGGGUCAACCACGAUAUAGUUCGAUGCUUGGAAGCCCCGGGAUGCUUACCUGACGAAGAACUGGAUAGUUUUUGGGUGGACCCGGAUGCCCCAGUAGUAACAACAACACUACCUCCACCAACAACAACGCAGCCGCCCACUACAUCUACACUGCCACCAACAACCACAACUGUAAGAACAACCACCACCACUACUCGGCGCCCUCCUCCCGAGACGAACCAGGUGGAUGGAACCGACAGAGACAAUAACGGAGCAUCGGGGAAAGGCAAGGGGAAGGGCAAGGGCAAAGGAAAGGGCAAAGACAGAGGUGGAGGUGGUGGAGUAAGUCGUCCCGAUCCAUGGGCACCUGUCUACUCGGAAGUUGAACCACGCCCUCCACGUCCGUGUGUCACACGCAGCGCAGAGCACGGACAUGGGGAAAGAUGGAGGACAGAUCCGUGUACCAAGUGUAAAUGCAACGACGCGGCAAUUCGUUGUGUCAUCAAGAGUUGUCCACCCUACUAUUGCUUCGACCCGAUUUUCGUGGAUGACCAGUGUUGUCCAUUCUGUCCAGCAAAUGUUGUCGUUACUCGAGUGGCCCCGUCUCUCAUGUCCAACAUCAGAGAGCUAACACUCGGUCAACGUUUCCAGCUCACUUUCAUGGUGAAUGUGACCUUUAGGGAUUCCUGGGACACGACUAGUGUCUCUGGAGAGGACCUGUGGAAGCUCUCCGUGUGGACCAGCCGCAAACCGGAAGGGACUAACCCCAACAACAUGGUAGACCAAGUCCUCAGCGAUCAGCAGCGGGUAAAGAAGUAUAUCUGGGGGAAACCUUUCGCGUUCAAAGGCGUCGGGUACGAGCUACAAGUCAACAACUGCCCGGAUGUCCGCUUCGUCUGCGUCAAGUUCGGCCAGUCGGAAAACCCGCAAACCAAACAUGGCUUUGGUUUCUUCCUGGAGACGCUUCCCAAUGAUCAUGUCCUGGAAGUCUGUAUUCGUCUUCCGGACUGUACGAUAUAAAGUUAUUCAAGAAAUAUUUCAAAACAAAAUCAUGACGGAGAGACUAUUUGUGAUGUGUUGGAAACUCGUUAUGGGUCUAGUUGUUUAAAGUUUUAAGUCAAGUUUUAAUUGACGUUUUGAGAUCCUAUUGCCUGUGGCUCGAUUGGGGAGCUGAGAAAUAAUCAUAGAAGUCAUUCUUUGCUAGUACAAGGCGACCUAUUGCGUAUCGACUCGACAGACUGAGGGAUUUGCCACAAAAUACAGAAGAACUAUUUCAUCAUCGCUCCACAAUUCAUGGUACUCUGCGGAUGCAGUCAGUUAGCACUAUUUAAAAUAAAGCGAAUGGCGGACGGUUUACCACAGGAAUGUUUUAUACUUUGUUUAUUUUAUGCGAUUUUCUUUCCUUAUCACUUUUUUACAAUUUAGAGAUUGGUAAGGAACCUGGUCCUCAAAGGGGAGGGUGACAAUGUGACCAGCCUCCCGAAAACCAACAAUAAGUCGCCAGGGAAGCUUGCCCAUAAUUAGUAGACUUGUUAAGAGGGUGAACGCUGCAUUUUUGAGUACAAAUGUCCCACUUGGCACAAAUGUUCCUUGAGUCAAAAGAAAAAUUUUCAUCCAAAGAGACACGCUGUAUCUAUGCAAAUAAGCAAGUAAUUUGCAUAAAUUUGCAUAUUAUGUCGAUAUAGUAAAAACAAGUAUUUCAGAAUAUAUAUUUAACCAGAACUGCCCUAAAAUUGGACAUAAAGACUUAGGGUAAGAAAGGGAAGAAAAUUGUCAUUAAAAAAUUGGGAUAUCCUUGUUUAUUAUUACCUAAUUUACAUAAAUUAUGCAAAUUAUAAUUUAAAACAGAGUAUUUUUUCAUGAAUCCUGAACUGCUUUUAAAAAACAGCAACUAAUACACAAUGUCAACAUUCUACAUGAAAGAGAAUAUAUUAGCGAAAACAUCGAUAUGCUUCAUGACAGUAUUAGUGUCUUAAUUUGCUUAGAAAGAGGGCAAAUAUGUCAAAAUGUAUGACGUGAUAUUGCGCUAAAACGAGACCAAAACAAUCUCUAUGUCACAGUCACACUCACGAAUCGGACAAUAAAGCGAUCAAUGUUUUGCCACUUCGGGGUCUCCAAAAGAUAUAUAUUUUAAUAAAGUUAAAAUAUGGAUUGAGCUAGGUGGGGUACAUUUGUCAUGAUUCAUGUGCCAGAGCUUCAUUAAAGCAGUAACCUGCAAAGCAAUGUCUCCUGUAAAUUUUCCAAGAGAAACAAAUUAGAAACAAAUAAAACAAAAUUAAUAGUGUUUUACCGAUACCGAAAUGCAUUUUGCCCGUAUAUACCAUAGAUUACGGUGUGGCAGACACACCAACAAAAGCGAUACGAGAAGCCGAUGGAAGCUAUUGUGUUGAGAUUGUGUUAUCUCGAAUGACAUACGUACAUUGAUCGCUUUAUUGUCCGAUUCGUGAGUGUGACUAUGACAUAGAGGUUGUUUUGGUCUCGUUUUAGCGCAAUAUCACGUCAUACAUUUUGACAUAUUUGCCCUCUUUCUAAGCAAAUUAAGACACUAAUACUGUCAUGAAGCAUAUCGAUGUUUUCGCUAAUAUAUUCUCUUUCAUGUAGAAUGUUGACAUUGUGUAUUAAUUGCUGUUAUUUAUAAAACAGUUCAGGAUUCAUGAAAAAAUACUUUGUUUUAAAUUAUAAUUUGCAUAAUUUAUGUAAAUUAGGUAAUAAUAAACAAGGAUAUCCCAAUUAUUUUAUGACAAUUUUCUUCCCUUUCUUACCCUAAGUCUUUAUGUCCAAUUUUAGGGCAGUUCUGGUUAAAAAUAUAUUCUGAAAUACUUGUUUUUACUAUAUCGACAUAAUAUGCAAAUUUAUGCAAAUUACUUGCUUAUUUGCAUAGAUAUAGCGUGUCUCUUUGGAUGAAUCCUUUUCUUUUGACUCAAGGAACAUUUGUGCCAAGUGGGACAUUUGUACUAAAAAAUGCAGCGUUCACCCCUUUUUUUGCAGUUAACAAGUCUACUAAAUUACAUGUAUACUAAUUUGUUCUUC